GAAUGCGGCGAUCUGUCAAGGUCCAAAGUCAGUCGUCAAAACAAUAAGGACAAUUUAAAAAAAGCUUGAACCGCGAAGUCAUGUUAGAUAAUAUUAAAAAUGUUUAACAAGGUUCUUCAACGCGCCCUCAAGUUCCGAAUCAAGAAGACCUAUCCCACGAACGUUUACGAUCUGUCCAAAGGAACGGCGAUAGCGCUCCAAAGACCGUACAGCGAUGAAGUAAAUCGCGCGAAAAAUGCAAAAAUUUCAAAUUCUCCUACCAUUUUCGAUAAAAUCAUCUCCAAAGAAAUGAAAGCGGACAUUAUUUACGAAGAUGAUGUCUGUUUGGCUUUCAACGACAUAGCACCGCAGGCGCCUGUACAUUUCCUGAUUAUACCUAAACGUAGAAUACCUAGAUUACAGGACAGCGAAGUAGAUGACAAGGAGCUCCUAGGUCACCUUAUGUUGGUGGCUGGUUCCCUGGCAGCAUCCCGGGCUCCACAGGGCUGGCGUCUGGUCGUCAACAACGGAGUUCAGGGAGCUCAGAGUGUUUAUCAUCUACAUCUACAUGUGCUCGGUGGACGGCAAAUGAAGUGGCCUCCCGGGUAAAGGGUGAUCGGUGCUAGGCGAGGGUAAAUUACCUCAGGGUGUGGGGUAAUAAAGAAUUAUCAGAUUUCUUAGAGUUGGGAGAUUGUAUUAUAUAAAUAAUGUUCUACUAACAACCUCUUUAUAUUCAAUGUCAAUCAUUGAUACAUCUGUUCUGAAACACCGACUUAGUGUCACAUUUAUUUAAAUAAAUUUGUUCUACUAUUUCUAUAAAUUUUCUUAACUUAGUACAGUUUUUUUUUUGCUAUGAAAUGCAUAGCUCAAAUAAAAAAAGUGAAGUAUUGUUUAAGUCACGUUUAUGCCAUUGAAUAGAUUUAAAAUAUUACAUAGAUGUAUAGUAUGUGCAAUAUUCGAUAAAUUAUUUGUUGACUCGGCUCUGUUAAACUACAGGCUUGAUAGGAAAGUCAGUCACGACUACCCCCAUUUUUAAUUCCAAAGGUGUGCCGUAGAAUCUCAAGCAACUAAUGAGUCCUAGUCACAAAUGUCUAGUUGUACCAUGUAGUGCUGAUGCCCUAGUGUAAUACAGCUCCAGCCAUCUUCAUUUAUCCUAAGACGCACAUAUGUUGAAACCGCAUGUAAUGUUCUGCGUAUGUUUAAUGUUCGGUUGAGUUCUGUAACUAAAUGUUGGAAAUAUAUUUUCUAUACAA